AUGAACCGCUCCAAGACGCUCCCGGCCGCUACCGGUCUCGCCCCACAUGCACCAAUGCAUCCAAAUCUUCACAAAGCAAAGAGCGAGAAUGAUAAACCCGCUCAGAUUGACGCAGAGCUCGCAAAUGGCGUGUUACCCAUGGAAGAUAUCGUCGUAGAGGCUCCGGAGCGCCAGAGCAAGCAUCCGUGGAUCAGGUGGCUUCGCAAGCACUUGAAUUUCUUCAGGAUACACCUCCUUGUUUUCACAUUUCUGCCCUUCUUUGACGCCAUUCUUCUGUGGGCUGUCAAUGGGUCUUUCAAGAUUUCUUUCAUCGAUUCCCUCUUCCUCGCAUACAGUGCAUUUACCAAUACGGGCCUUUCGCCAAUCGACCUCAGUCACACCACCCGACUGCAACAGGUGAUCCUUUUUAUAACCAUGUUCUUCGGGAGCACUAUUGUCGUUUCCUGGGUCGUCGUUCUCGUUCGUCGAAACAUCCUCGCAUCUCAAUGCGCCCAUUGGGUCGCGCAGCGUCGCAGUCUAGCCUCUCGCGCACGCAGUGCACUGGCAGGUGUACGUCGCAAGACCAUGCACGACCCACCUACCAAGUCCUUUGCCACGGGUGACAUGCAAGAAAAGGGUACACCUCCUACCGUUGUGCCUGCACCGUCUACCACGCCCACGAGUGCUGGUGAAGAUGCCCCCAGACGUACGCCUAGUAGGGCUGCGACUGGGAUGAUUGUUCCCUUUCGAAAGUAUUCGAUCCGUAGGGUGGAUACGGAGCUCAAACUGGUGGAUCCCUCUGGGCGUAUAUCGCGAGGCCAAACGCUUCAAGCUGUUCCACAGGAGGGUACCGAUGCCCGGACGCCAAAUCCUCAGAGCUUCUUUCACACUAUUCCGCCCAGUCCUGAUAGAGAAGUCGGGGAUCAAGAGCCUGUUGCACCAACAGAGGUUUUCGACUCUCCAAGGUCAAAUGCGAUUGACAUAGACGACAGCAAGCUGCAUCUUGACAAGGAUGGAAACAUGAGAGCGGACGAGGGUCUACCCACAACCGGCAAUACCCCAGUUUCACCAGCUCUCUCUUCUCCUGCACCACCCGUAUUUGUGACUUCGCCAUUAUCGAUGCAAACCUUUCCAUCUGCGAUAUCCGCGUCGGAAAUGGGAAAGAGCACACCUAGACAAGUCGGGUUUGAGUUGCCAGCAGGCAAUGGAACACCUCGCACCGUGUCUGUGGUAGGUACGGACCAUGAAGGACUUCGUCAACGAAGAACAGCACAUAUGCCUCAACGCCAAUUCACAUACACAGAGAUUGACGUUCGCCCAAGAGGAAAAACGAUGAGCCAAAAUCCAUCAUAUCAGAUGCCAAAGGUCGAUGAACGCUUUGUUUCAAAGGAUUCUAUCGGGUUGGGGGGGUUUCCUGGUCCCAUUGAGCUUACCAGACGACUAUUCCGAGCGCUCUCCGCACGUUGGGAUACCACAAGGUUUGGGCGGCUCUUCAGGCCAUAUCCUUCCGUCCUUGUCCCCAUCGGAAGUUCUGCUGGUGCACAAUUUCCGCGAUCGGAAACAAAGGAGGUCCCUUACUUUUCGUUUGCCGCCAUUGUAGGGAAGAACUCUACGUUUCACGGACUCACUGAGGAAGAGCUUGACGAGCUUGGUGGUGUGGAGUAUCGCGGUUUGCGUUUGCUCUCUAAGCUUGUGCCAGCGUAUUACGUGGGUGUCCAAGCCAUUGCAUGGGCAAUCAACGCCCCCAGCUUCUCCAAGUCCAAAUAUACUAGUCUGUUCGCCGGGCAGUGGGCAUGGAUUCCGCCAUCCUGGGCCGGGGUUUUCAUGGGAACAUCUUCUAUGACGAAUACCGGGAUGUCGUUGGUCGAUACGGCGUUGAUUCCCUUUCAAAACGAGUUUGGAGUCUUAAUUAUCACCUCUUUUACGAGUCUGGCAGGAAACACGGCUUUUCCGAUUUUGUUGAGACUCAUCGUAUGGAUCGGAACCAAGGUGACGCGCAAGACUGGUGAAACCUGGGCAACGCUUCACUUCCUACUCGACCACCCGCGCCGAUGUUUCCUUUAUCUCUUUCCAUCCCAUCAGACAUGGUUCUUGCUUAUCGUCAUCUUCCUUUUAAACAUGAUCGACUGGGCUGGAUUCAUGCUAUUUGAUCUCGGGAAUCCCGCAUUUGAGGCUAUUCCUGUUAACCAACGUGUUAUCAACGGCUUCCUUCAGGCAACCUCUGUCAGAUGCGCCGGCGUCGCCAGUGUCAGCUUGGCUGCAGUCGCUCCAGCAACCCAGGUUUUGUAUGUGAUUAUGAUGUACAUAGCGCCGUUCCCGAUAGCGUUGGCGAUUAGAUCGUCAAACACAUAUUUGGACCGUUCUCUGGGUAUCUACGAGCAAGAUAGUGAUUCCGAUGACGAGGAGAUGGAGGCCCGUUUUGAGAAGGACAAGCGGCCCAGGCACAGAGUAUGGGGAAGCUAUCUCGCAUGGCAUGCGAAACGCCAGCUCGAAUACGACAUCUGGUGGCUCGUGAUGGCGUGGUUGGUUGUCACCAUUUUCGAGAGAGGCAAGAUCUGGAACCCAGCGACGAAGCAGUUUGAUUUAUUUGGCAUCCUAUUUGAGCUGGUCUCCGCUUACAGCUCCGUCGGCCUUAGCAUCGGUCUAUCAAAUGCCAACUACUCUCUGAGUGGCGCCUGGUCAGUGCCGUCCAAGCUUAUGCUCAUCUUGGUCAUGAUUCGAGGUCGCUCGAGAGGGCUCCCCGUCGCCAUUGACCGUGCCGUCAUGCUCCCGAAGGAAUUCUGGUCAAAGACUAUCUCGCAGACCCCAACAAUGGCGCCUCCCGCCAGCGAGAAGCCGAGACUCGAGACCAUACACGAGAAACAGUCGCAGUAA